AUGAGUCUCUCUGCAGCUGACAAGACCAGGGUGAAGACCCUAUGGGGCAAAAUUGAAGCGAGAUCUGCCGAGUUGGGUGGUGAAGCUUUGGCCAGGAUGUUUGUUACGUACCCCCAGACCAAGACCUAUUUUUCUGAUUGGGGGCAGAAUCUGGGUCCACAGAACGAAAAAGUCAAGACUCAUGGUGCAGUCAUCAUGGCGGCUGUGGGGAAAGCUGUCAAAAAUAUUGAUAAUCUUGUCGGUGCUACGACUCAGCUCAGUGAGCUGCAUGCCUUCAAGCUUCGGGUGGAUCCUGCCAACUUUAAGAUCCUGGCCCACAACAUGAUGUUGGUAAUCGCCAUGUACUUCCCUGGCGAGUUCACUCCAGAGGUCCACCUCUCAGUUGACAAGUUCCUUGCGUGCCUGGCUUUGGCUCUGUCUGAGAAGUACCGCUAAACUCCAGAGAAGCAGAAGCAUCGACUGCCUACACAUGGCACGUCAUACAACAAUGUCAACAACCCUUUCGACUUGUAGGUGCUUCUUCAAUAAAAAAAAAAUACAAACAUAAAAA